ACCACGUGCCCCGGCGUCGCACGUCUUAUCACACAUACAACUAUGAAGCUCCUGGUAGUAUCUUGUGCAGUCCUGUCUCUAGCGGCAGCUCUUCCUCAACGAAGAGUGUCGUUGAGACCGCAGCCAGAGCCGCAACAACAAAUCGAUGACCAACAACAGGCAGAACAGAACUACAACGCUUACCAACAACAACCUCAGGAAUUUAGACAACAACAGCCCCAGCAGCAACAACAACAAGAUUAUCAGCAACCACAACAGUACAGGAAGCCUGUUGAUGACUUCAGAGGCAAAAUUGAGUUGGAAACUACUACGUUCAUCCCUAUUAUUCGUUUUGACAAAGAGCAAGGCACUGAUGGGAGCUAUAAAACUGCUUAUGAGACCGGAAACAACAUCCAGGCCGAAGAGCAAGGCUACCUGAAAUCAGUGGGAGACAACCACGAUGCUCUCGUCCAGCAGGGAACUUACACCUACACAGCUCCUGAUGGCCAAGUCAUCACUGUCGAAUACACUGCUGAUGAGUUCGGAUUCAGAGUAAAGGGAGACCAUAUCCCAACACCACCUCCAGUAUCUCCCGAAAUCCAGAAAGGUUUAGACCUCAUAUACGCUGGAAUUAAAGCUAACCAGGAGCGUGCUGCUUUAGAAGCCAAGAACAACCCAGAAGCCGCGCGGCAGCAAGAAGAAAGGGCAGCACUUGACUACAAAGGGCAAUACUACCAACAAUAGAUAUAUAUUUCUUAGAAUUAAGGACAAAAUUGUGUACACAUUGACACAAUCAAGCUUGGAUUGUGACCAUCUGUUAUUUUAGCACUUUUUGGUUAAGUAAACAUGCAUUUGCGUGUUUCAACGCACAAUUUAAAUUACGUGGUUACAAUUCAAGGUUGAUCGUGACUCCUGUUAAUUUUAUUAACUGGCGACGAAGGUACUUCAAUAUUUCUAUGUUAGAUUUUUUUUAUUUUCUAAUCCAUAUUCGACAGUAUUAUGAAAUAGGAAGCUAAUAGGAACCAAUAAAUGCAACAACAAUAUCUUGUAAAAAAUGUUUUGUAUCUAAAGAAGGCGUUUAGACGAAAAUAAUUCUUUUUUAUCAAACCCCUGAAAGUAUUUUUUUCUCCUAAUUAAGUUUCCUAUUGAUGUGAAGUAAUGCAUGCUUUGAUUGUUAAGUGGUUAAACAUAACAACAACGGUAGCCCUACACUACGUGACCAAAAUUCUCUUAGGAAACCGCAAGAGUUUUCAAGUAUUUUCAAUUCAGUACCUAAGUCCAACUUUUUUUUAAUGUGAUAAAAAAUUUGUAUCAUAGUUAUGUGUUCAUAUUUUUAUACUU